AUGGGGACAUGUAUUUCCCUGCAAAGGAACACAACCAAACCUGAGCUGAAGCUAAGGUUGUCUCGGGUGGUGCGGGACAACCCAACGGCGGAAGGCAACAUAUUUGACAAGUACCGUGUGGGGAAGGAGCUGGGGAGGGGGGAAUUCGGGGUGACGUACCAAUGUUUUGACAAGGUGAAGGGUGAGUGGGUUGCGUGCAAGAAGAUCUCCAAGAGCAAGCUUAGGACAGACAUUGACAUGGAUGAUGUAAGGAGAGAGGUUGAGAUCAUGCGCCAUUUGCCCCCACAUCCAAAUAUUGUAACAUACAAAGAGGUGUUUGAGGAUAAGGAAGCUGUGUACCUCGUAAUGGAGCUGUGCCAGGGAGGGGAGUUGUUCGAUAGGAUAGUAGCGAGAGGACAUUACACGGAGAGGGCAGCCGCCCACGUUACCAAAACCAUUCUCCACGUGCUCAAGGUUUGCCAUGAACAUGGAGUCAUACAUAGAGAUCUGAAGCCAGAGAACUUUUUGUAUGCCAAUGAUUCCGAAAAUGCUCCCCUAAAGGCAAUUGAUUUUGGGCUUUCUAUAUUCUUCCAACCAGGUCAAAGAUUUAGUGAAAUUGUUGGGAGCCCUUACUACAUGGCCCCUGAACUUCUUAGGCGCAAUUAUGGUCCAGAAAUUGAUGUUUGGAGUGCUGGUGUUAUUCUUUACAUUUUAUUAUGUGGAGUUCCUCCUUUUUGGGCAGAAACUGAAGAAGGAAUUGCACAUGCAAUUGUGCAUGGUGAGAUAGAUUUUCAAAGGGAUCCGUGGCCUAGAAUCAGCGAGGAUGCUAAGGAUCUUGUUCGAGGCAUGCUUCAGCAAAAUCCUUACACCCGCCUAACUGUUGAAGAAGUCCUUGAAGGUGUUAUAACAAGAAUCAAGCAAUUCUCGUUGAUGAAUAAAUUUAAGAAAAGGGUCCUUAGUGUGGUGGCAGAUAACUUGCCUGAUGAGCAGGUAGAUGGGAUAAAAGAAAUGUUCCAUAUAAUGGACACAGACAAGAAUGGGAACUUAAAUUUUCAAGAGUUGAAAGAUGGACUGUAUAUGUUUGGACAAGCAGUUGCGGAUCAUGAUGUCCAACUACUACUUGAUGCAGCGGAUACAGAUGGAAAUGGGAUGCUUAAUUGUGAAGAAUUUGUGACUCUGGCGGUGCACUUGCAGAAGAUAAGCAACGAUGAAUUACUGCAUCAAGCCUUCUUGCAGUUUGACAAUAAUCAGAGCGGAUACAUUGAGUUUGAAGAGUUGCAACUCUCACUCUUAUUAGAUGACCACUUUGGUCCUACAAAUGACCAACUGGUACAAGAUAUUAUUUUUGAUGCUGACCUCGACAAGGACGGGCGCAUAAGUUUCCCAGAGUUCAAGGCGAUGAUGACAACUGGAAUGGAUUGGAAGAUGGGGUCUCGACAAUACUCAAGGGCUUUGCUCAACGCUCUUAGCAUCAGACUUUUUAAAGACGCUCCAAAUUUGCCACUCACAGUCUAA